AUGGUGGGGAAGGCAAUAAACAUGGCGGAGUUGCAACGGAAAGCGGUAAACAUGGAGGAAUUGCGGGUAAAAUCGGUGGAUGUCGAUGAAUUGCGAAGGAUAAUUCAGCGGAGCAGCCUGCGGAAGGGAUUCGUCCAAGAUGUGAAGAGCAACUGGGAAAUUAAAAGUCUGCAAUUCGGAAUUAUGAACAAGGAAGAAAUAAUAAAAUGUUCGGAAGUUAGAAUUUUAAACAGAGAAAUGUACAAAAAUAAUACAGGGAUACCUUACCCUUAUGGCGUCUUGGAUCUGAAGUUAGGGGCGCACAAAAGUAACGCCCUAUGUGAAACAUGUAACAGAAAUUUUAUGAACUGUUCAGGUCAUUUUGGAUAUAUUGAAUUGAAUUACCCGCUUUUCCACGUGGGCUACUACAAAUACAUCAUCUACAUUUUGUAUUGCAUUUGCAAAGUCUGUUCACACAUUUUGCUAACCAAUGAGAAGCUAGAGUUUUAUACGAAUCUGAAAAGACGCACAGUGGAAGAUAAGUUUUUCAAAAAACACAUUUUUAAAAAAAUCCUAAACAGUUGUAAAAAGGUGACCAAGUGUUACCGUUGUGGAUACCCUCAAGGAGUUAUCAAAAAAAUCAUAAAACCGAGUUUGGAUCAAUUUAUGAAAUUGAAACACGUCAUUAAAGUGAAGGAAAAUGGGAAGAUGGUAAUUAAGGAGGAUGAUUUAAAUAGCCUCUACGUUUUGAAUCUUUUUAAAAAUAUGAAUCCUUACCAUGUGAAACUUUUAAAUGUGGAAAAUCCAGAGAAACUACUCAUAACAGCGCUGUUGGUACCGCCUAACACGAUUAGACCGUCCGUUAUAAUUGACGAACACGGCACAGCAGAAGACGAUUUGACGUGUAUUCUCUCAGAAAUUACACAGCUUAACAACACAAUCAAUAACCAGUGCAGUAAUGGUUACCAGACAAAUCAGUUUCUAGGUAAUGUAGAAUUUUUGCAGCUUCAGAUUACGAGGUUUAUUAAUAGCGAUUCCCCUGCUGUGUCUCAGUUACUCGCUACACAGAAUAUUUCUAAACCUGGUAGAGGAAUCUGCCAAAGGUUAAAGGGAAAAGAAGGCAGAUUCAGGUGUAACCUAUCCGGGAAAAGGGUAGACUUCUCAAGCAGAACUGUCAUCUCACCGGAUCCUAAUAUCUCCAUCGAUGAGGUCGUCAUUCCGGAAAUUAUUGCUAUGAGGCUGACCUACCCGGAGAAGGUUAAUCGGUACAACAUGGAUAGGUUGAAGAGGCUUAUAAAGAAUGGCACGAACACGUGGCCUGGGGCAAACUACAUCAUUAAGAAAGCAUCCCACCAGAGGAGUUUUUCAAGUGGGAUUGAUGGUGUAACCACGCAGGGGGAUUCAAUCAUCGAUGUGGUGAAGCGGUACGUCGGGCAGGAAGGGGGGGGUCCCCACAUCAACGGGCAAUUUACAUCAACCCCUGACCUGGCAGAUCCGCGUAGAACUAACCCUACUAUUAACAAAAUCAGCCUAAAAUAUGCGAACAAGAAAUUUAUCAUUGAGAACCUCCAAGUGGGGGACAUCGUGGAGAGGCACCUAGUAGAUGGAGACAUCGUCCUGUUCAAUCGGCAACCAUCCCUCCAUAGAAUGUCUAUUAUGUGCCACAAGGCCAGAGUGAUGAAGUAUAAAACCUUUCGAUUCAACGAAUGUGUGUGCUCUCCGUACAACGCCGACUUCGAUGGGGAUGAAAUGAACUUACAUGUACCACAAACGGAGGAGGCAAGAGCAGAAGCCCUAUACCUCAUGAAUGUAAAGCACAAUUUGAUAACUCCAAAAAAUGGAGAAGUUAUGAUUGCCUUGACACAGGACUUCCUUUCAGCUUCCUACGUCAUCACGAAUAAGGAUACCUUCCUCGACAGGGACUCCUUCUGUUUACUCUGCUCCUACUUCUCAGAUGCAAAGGUAGACAUAGAAUUACCCGUCCCAGCGAUUCUAAAACCGAAGGAACUUUGGACAGGCAAGCAGUUGAUAAGCGUCCUCAUAAAGCCAAACAGGAAGGAAAACACAAUUAUCAACUUUGAAAUGAAAGAGAGAGAAUAUUCUACAAAAAAUGGAGACCUCAAACAUAUGUGUCUGAACGAUUCGUAUGUGUGCUUCUAUAAGUCUGAAUUGAUUUGUGGCUCCUUAGGGAAGAAGGUUUUGGGGUCCUCUAAAUAUGGCUUGUUCUACUACCUCAUUCAUCACAACUCCUCCUACGUUGCGCUCAAAGUUAUGAACCGUUUUUCAAAACUCACCAGUAGAUACUUCUCCAACAAAGGAAUGACUAUAGGGAUUGACGAUGUAACCCCAUCGGAGACCCUCAUUCAGAAGAAGAAGGACCUCCUCCAGGAAGGUUAUGAAAAAGUUAACAAGGAAAUAGUUCUCUAUAAUGAGAAAAAAAUGCAGAUACAACCGGGAUGCACUUUGGAAGAAACGCUAGAAAUUAAGGUAAAGAACAUUUUAGAUGACCUUCGGAACGAUGCAGGGAAGACGUGCAAUCAGUACUUGCACCAAUUGAACAAACCACUUAUCAUGUUUAACUCUGGAGCUAAAGGAGCUCUCAUCAACAUUGCACAAAUGAUUGCUUGUGUUGGACAACAGAACGUUACUGGCCAGAGGAUUAAAAAUGGGUUUAUUAAUAGAACUCUGCCUCAUUUUAACUUCCACUGUAAAGACUCCGAAAGUAGGGGGUUCGUGCAGAACUCCUUCUACACGGGUCUUAAUCCAACCGAGUUUUUCUUCCAUACUAUGUCGGGUAGAGAAGGUCUUGUCGAUACGGCUGUUAAGACUGCUGAAACGGGGUACAUGCAAAGGAGGUUGAUGAAAGCGCUGGAAGACUUGUCCAUCCAUUAUGAUUACUCAGUCCGAUCUUGCGAUAAACAAAUUGUGCAAUUUAUUUACGGGGAUGACGCACUGAACCCGUCCUAUGUGGACAACAACAAUUCGUAUGCUCAUCAGUUUGACAAAAUUUUCGAUCACAUUACUUCCAUUUCGUCGAGCAAUAUUCUGCUCUCCUAUGGGAAAUAUUCCCCCGGUUUGCCCGCUUCGCUAGCCGCUUUGCCAACCGGUUUGCGGGCUACCCCCAUUUCGUGCAUCAUCAACCGGGUGGUUUCCAAAAUGAGCGACCCGGACUUGGGGCCCUUCAUCCCCAUGUCACACGACGAGCACUUUGUGAAAAUGGUCAUGGAGACGGCGGAGCGACAUCCCAGGUGGGGAAAUCAUGCAACAACAGUGGAAGAAGAAGUGGCCCACGGGGGAGGCCACCCAGAUGAGAAACCUCACCAUGGUGCGUCUUCCGCCGUGGAAAUAAAAGACAGUGUAUGUUCCUCCAAGCGGGAGAAGAAACAGCCCAAACGUUUGAAACAAUCGAAACGGCUGAAGCAACCGAAACAGCAGCACCCCGAAGAUGAGGUCGAUAACUGCGUCCUGCCGCCACAGAAACAUCAAUCCAUUGCAAGAUUUGUAAAUGAUUAUCGAAACGUAGUAGAGAUAAAGAAGCUGAUUGAUAAGGAUCAGGUCUGCCUGAGUGAAUCGGAAAAGAAACUCGUACGAAGUAUGUAUAAUCAGAUGAGCAAAAACGUGGUGAAGAAAAUCGAAAUUGUUAACACGGUGUAUCGAUCCGAGAGGGAAAAGUUGCGUAGGAAUAAGCAGUGUCAAGGAGGGACCAACAUGACGGGAGUGAAGGAUGCUGUGCGUGGAAACACCAGUAGUGCAGAUGCACAGGGUGGUUCUUUCCCCAGUAGGAGCAGGAAGAAGCACACACAACCACAUAGCGGAACGAAUGCAAAUCGCGAAAGGGAUGAAGUAACCCGGUUGUAUGAAAGCAAAUUGUACAGGCAAAUGAUAAAAAACGUUAUCGCAUUUGUGAGUGUAUUCGAGUAUAUCGAAAAGAAGAAGCAACACUACAUCCUGCUACCAUAUGAAGUUAUACAAUGGACGAACUUUCUUCUGAACUACCUACCAGAGUUGAUGCCAACAAACAUAUAUGCUCACACGAAAUUGUCUCAGAGGGAAAGUCCAACCCACCAGGAAAGAACCAAAACGAUGAAUAUCUACAUGAAGGAAAUUAAAAAGUGGUUAAUAGUGAAGGCCAUCAAUGUAUAUAAGUUUUUUAAAUACAAGAAGGGGGUUGAUUUGAUGAGACGGAGUGACUACCUCGACUUCGUCUGCACAGAAACGUAUGAACCAUCCUAUCGAUACAUCUUUUACGAUUAUCCAUUUGUUAACCUGAAGCAGUUGUAUUUGUUCAUUUUUUUUAAUGUGUCAAAGUACUUUAAGUACAUCUCUGCUCCGGGGGACGCCGUGGGGUCCAUCUCGGCUCAGUCCAUUGGGGAGCCCGGCACGCAGAUGACGCUCAAGACGUUCCAUUUCGCAGGUAAGAUGAGUGCAUCAUGCGUGGCCAGCAUGAACGUAACCCUGGGUGUGCCAAGAAUCAAGGAAAUUAUAAACGCGUCGAGCAAUAUACAGACGCCUAUACUGAAUAUCCCCCUCCAAGUGAAGGACAAUUACAACUUUGCCCUGAUGAUGAAAUCCAAGUUGGAAAAAACUACAAUCAGGGACAUCUGUCUGUACAUAAAGGAGGAUUACACCCCACGGGGCAUCUUCCUCUCUGUCAAAUUCAACGAGGAACUCAUCCACAACCUUUUUUUAAACAUAAAUGCCUACACAAUUAAGGACAUAAUAAUGAGGCAAAGUCACAUCAAUAAGAUUAAGAUCAACAGGAUUGUUGUAGAAGUGGUGAAUACAUACAAGCUACACUUGUCGUUGAAGAAUGAUGAGUUUUUAUUUUUUCAAAUCGAGUCUCUGAAGAAGGGACUGCUCGAUCUACUCAUUCAUGGGGACAAGGAUAUAAAGCGGUGUAUCAUUAAGAAGGAGGAGGUGGACGUCACGGACGAUGAGAUGGACGUAACGGGGGAAAAAGAACCGGACAAGGGGGCAGGUGAACUGUCUAUGGGAAUGCCCACCCUGUCGGAAGACCACCAUCCCCACGGCAAAGAUCCCCCUACUGUUCAUGGUGAAGACACUAAGCACACUAAAGAAGAAGAAGCCACCGAGAAGGAAUGCCCUGGAAAGAAAAGCCACAAUGAGGAGAAGCUGAGAAACAUGAUGGAAGCCUUUAAAACACAAAUAAAGGAAGAAAUGUUAAAAAGGGACAACCCAGAAGCAGAAGAAGAACCCAUUAUCAACUUAGACACGAUCAAUGUCGACACGUUAAAUUUGGAAAAAGGAAAUUCGCUGAACUACGUCCUGGGGUUGGAGGGAGUAGACUUCAAGCAUAUUAUUUCCAACCACGUGAUUAAUGUUUUUCAAGUGCUGGGCAUCGAAGCCGCAAGAGUGACGAUCAUAAAUGAGAUAAAGAAGUGCGUAGAGGCGUAUAGCAUAGACAUCGAUAUCAGGCACAUCAUGCUGCUGGCGGAUAUCAUGGCCUUCACGGGAGAUAUCCUCGGGAUAAACCGCUUCGGCAUUCAGAAGGCCAGGCACAGCACACUCAUGCUGGCGUCCUUCGAAGAAACCAACGAACACCUCUUCGUUUCCUCGUUCUUUAAAAAUAAGGACGAAAUAAACAACAUCAGCGAGAGCAUCAUUGUGGGAAAAAACAUCCCCAUUGGCACGGGCGCCUUCCAGCUCCUCUACGACUACAAAUUCAACCGAGAGGAAAGGAAACUCACCCUUCUGGAAAGGGCGCAGCAGGAAAUGGCAUGA